AUGGAAGGUACGAUUGAGUUCUAUAGGUAUAAAUGUAUAUAGUAUACAAAAUACAUAGAUUAUUAGAUUAUACUUUACAGUAGAUAGCAAGCCGAAUGCCUAAAAGCUGUAUAAACAAAUAGGGUGAAAAUCACUCUUGAUUUUACAAAAAAAACCUUGUUGUUAAUUCCAAAACUUUAUAUGCAACAGCCAAGCUCAGAAAAAUAAUUCUCCGCAUUAUCUUACGAUUUUAAUACUUCUUAUAUAAGAACAUGCAGAUUCGUUAUUGGGUUACUUGGGCAUAUUAAUACAGUAAUAGCCGUGGUCCAAAUAGCCCACUCAAAUUUAAGAUACAAAGUCCGUUCAAAUGUUGCACAAAUGUGUUGGAUGAAAAUGUUAAACAUAGUUAUAUUGAUAUUUAUUAUGUGUUUAAUAUUUCUUUCAGAUAUUCCAUCAGAGCUGAGUGAGCAUAAUCUGGUGAGAAAAUGUGAAUUUGAAAAAUAUAUAUAAUUGGUGCAGCUUGCGCAUAUAAAAUUUUUCUUAUAAAAUUUUAGGAGGAAUUUCUUCGCAAUGACAGUGCAUUUGUUGACUAUUUUAACACAUUUCUCUCACUACCAGUAUGUAUUAUAUAACUUUGUUAUUAACACAUUUGCCUCAUGUGCCCUACUUUUAAUUAUUAUUUUACUCUGUCUAAUGUCAGUCAUUCAUUUGGUCGGUUGGUCGGUCGGUCGGUUGGUUGGUCUGUCAGUCGAUUGGUCAGUUGGUUGGUCAGUCAGUUGGUCAAUCGGUUGGUCAUUCGGUUUGUCAGUCGGUUGAUCAUUUGGUUUGUCAUUUAGUUGGUCAGUCGGUUGGUCAGUUGGGUUGGUCAGUCAGUUAGUCAGUCAGUUUGUCAUUUGGUUUGUCAGUUGGUUGGUCAUUUGGUUGGUCAAUCAGUUGGUUUGUCAGUCAGGUGGUCAGUCGGUUGGUCAUUCGGUUUGUCAGUCGGUUGGUCAUUUGGUUUGUCAUUUAGUUGGUCAGUCGGUUGGUCAGUCGGGUUGGGCAGUCGGUUAGUCAGUCAGUUUGUCAUUUGGUUUGUCAGUCGGUUGGUCAUUCAGUUGGUCAAUCAGUUGGUUUGUCAGUCAGGUGGUCAGUCGGUUGUUAGGUCAGUCGGUUGAGUAGUCAUUAAUUGACAGUUAAUUAAUUGGUUUAUUGUUACUGUCUUCAGCAGUCUUGUUUUCUUAUUGUUCAAAUCAAUGUUCUAGUGUUUCCCUGAGAGGAUUUUCUACAACAAGGAGAAUGACUUACUGGAACAGUUCACACAACAACUUGUCAAAGAUGAAAGUGAUAAUGUUCAACUGAAAUAUGAUUCAUCCAGUAAUAACGUACAGAUCAGUUACUGUGUCACUGUCCUGGAGAGGGGAAAAGCAUUGGAUUGGUUGAAGAAGUACAGACUGUCUGAGUUUAUUAAAAGUGGCCUCUAUGCUGAGUAUAAUUUGUCAAAAACAUUGUCAUCUGCUCAGGUAAUCAUGUGCAUGCACACAUUGGAUAUAUGUAUAUAGCAGUGCAGUCUGAACUUUUUAAUAUAGACACUGAAGGAUCAUCAUGUGUCUGUAUUAGAGAGGUGUGUCCAUAUUUGAUAGUGUCUGUAUUAGAGAGAUGUUUGUAGUAGAGAGGUGUCUAUGUUAGAGAGGUGUGUCCAUAUUUGAGAGGUGUCUGUAUUAGAGAGAGGUUUGUAUUAGAGAGGUGUAUGUAUUAGAGAAAUGUCCGUAUUUAAGGGAGGUGUCUGCAUUUAAGAGAGGUGUCUGUAUUAGAGAGGUGUCUUUAUUAGAGAGGUGCCUGUACCCCUAUAAGCUUCAUUUUGGUAAUUUAACCUUAUUCAAUUACUAUUCUAGGCUAUGUACAUUGACACAAUCAAGAAUGAUUUAUCAAGAACGACCAAGCUUAUAAAUGAUGAAAAUUCAGCAUCACUAAAUGAAGACGGUUUCUUCUCAAGCAAUAAUUCUAUUUUCACUAUGUCUGAUGAAUGUAAGAUAAACGCAACCAAUCUAAGUCUAUUCACAACUAACCACGGCUGCAUUCCAUUAAUGUCUGCAAAUCACAAUUCUUGUACUUCAUUGCUAGCUUGUAUUAUUUUUAGGCGAAGCUGGGCAAAUUGAAGAAAUUAUAAAUGAUUACGUCGAAAAUACAGGGGCGAGAGAAGUUCAUGAAAAGAAAUCAGAAAGUCCUAGAAUUUUUCCUGAAAAUGUUCAGUGUUUUCCAUCAAUAAUUGUGAGUGAAAUAGAAACAGAAUCUGAUGGCCGAGAUGAGGAAAGCGAAAUAUCUGUUAGUGUUACUUCGGAUUCAAUUGAGACAGGUUUUAGCAACGAAUUUAACCAUAAUAUUACUGAAAAGAAUGAUUAUGUCACAAUGGUUGAUGAUUCAAAUAGCAACAUUGAAGGAAGUUGUGUUAAAGAUGACAUCAUAAAUGAUGACGUCAUAAAUGAUGACGUCAUAAUCGAUGAUGUUUUUUGUGUUGACGUCACAGGUGAUGAUGCCAUAGGUGACGAUGUUAGAGGUGAUGAUAUUAUGGAUAAUGGUGUCAGAAAUGGUGAUGUCACAGUUGGUGAUACCAUAGAUAAUGAUAUCAAAUGUGAUGACGUUAUAGGUGAUGAUGUCAUCGGUGAUGACGUCAGAGGUGGUGAUUAUGGUAACGAUGUAACAACUAUUAAUAAAAGUACCGAUAAUGGUUCCUGUGUAGAUAUAAAUAAUCAAUCUAGUAUCAAAUUUAUGAAAUCCAACACUACAGAAGUUCAAGAUGACAUAGAGAAUGAACAGCUACCUGCUGAUGACCCACAAGUAGUAACGACAGACACAGAACUAAGUGAGACAGCGGACAAUUCUGAUAUACAGCAUCAUAACAGCAGUAUCUCUACACCAUUGAGUGAUGUCAUCACUAUGGACAAAUUGGUAGGCACAGAGAAACGCCACGGCAAAGACCAAACUGAGUUUUGCAAGUGUUUUCACAAGAAUGAUACGGCUGGUAAAAAGGAGCUCCACGAUAAAAAUAAGGACAAAAAUGGCUUUAAAGAAAAAUCAAAUUUAUUUCACAAGAGCAAAACUGGCAAACAGUCAAAAGAACGUUAUGACAGUACUGAUUGUACCAGUCUGUCGAAUAAGAUCCAAGGUAGUUCUGGAGACACGUGGGUUGAUGAGGAUAGCCCUCUGGAUAAAAGAUUAGAAAAUAGUUCAUUCGAUUCUAAAAUACCGGUGCCAUCCUUGGCAUUAAACGCUGCUGAACAAUGUUCAUUAAAUGGAGAGAAUGUACAAAGUCAGUUGAAUGAACCAAAUAGUGAUUCGUUAGGUUCUCUUGAAAACAAAUCCCACACCGUUAGCACCAUGCAACUAGGAACGUCAUUGCAAAGUGAUGUCAAAAUUAAUGAUGGUAUUAAAAUAAUGACUAUAUCAAUAGAUCACACUGACGGAAACAUUGAUGACGAUACGAUAUCACAGGAAACUAAAAAUACUGUUAGAGGUAGUAAUUUAGAAAGUUUAUCGUCGAACAUUGAUCUUUCAAAGGUGGAAGAUCAAACCUCAUACCACUCUUCUGAUGUAAAUCUUCCAAAGACGGAAGAUCAAAUCUCAUAUAAUGCAGACAGUAAUGUUGGCGAGAAAAAAUUGCCACAAAAAUCUACAAAUACUGCUACGGUCGAGAAUUUACAACUAUUGUAUGAUGUGAGAAUUUUGGAAGUGGAUGAUUCUGCUUCAAAUAUUUCAGAAAAUAAAAGCGAACAUCAUUCUUUGGAUAGAUCCUUAAUGAAACGUACGAGCUCUUUAAAUUCUAUCGCAAGUAGCGAUGUUUCAGAAAAUGAAAGAAAAUCAAGUAUUGCGGACCAGCAAGGAGAAGAGAAUCAAGAGAUGUUGGAUAAUGGCGUUCACUUGUCGUCCAAGGCCGGGAUGGAUAAAUUUAAAGAGUUUCUUAUCAAUACUAAAGGUGAAGCUUUGUUGUUGUUUUGGAUUCACGUCGAAACGUGGAAACAUCUUGGAGAUAAUGGCGAUAAAAUAAGGUAUUUAAAAAUAUAAACUUGUGUCAGAAUGAGUAAGUUUUUUAGUCAUGUUUUCUGAUGGUGGGCAAACCAGAAAACAUUGUUUCCUAGCCACGUUUCCUGAAGGUGGACAAACUAGAAAACAUUGUUUGCUAGCUACAGUAUGUUUCCCAAAAGUGGGCAAACCAGGCAUUUUUCCUAGCCAUGUUUUCCGAAGGUGGGCAAACUAGGGAGUUUGAAAGAAACAAUGUUUCCUGGUUUGUUCACCUUCAGGAAACAUGGCUAGGAAACAAUUAAUGUUUCCUGGUUAGCUGCGGACCCACGGUAGCGUGUGAAGACUAUUAUAUUUGUGUGGUAAACUAUGAUUCUGAAUCAAUAUAGAUUACUUCAAGAAAUGAAGGAGCAAUUUCUUCGAAAUGGUUCGCCACUAGAGCUACCAGACGAAAUAAAGAAACAAGCGGGAAGAUGUUUCACAGCUGACUUGAGUAAAACACAGAGAAUUAUUGCCGAACCGUUACGUUGUUAUUGGUGAGAAUAUCUUGCAAAACGUUUUUGUUUUACUUGGAGUCUUAGAAAAAACGUUCAACACAGAGUCAGAGUCUUUGUUGUUUCCUCUCUUUUUCUGCUGUUCUCUCUGUCUUUGAUUCUUUCCAUUCCACCCUCUUUUCUCUUCAAAAAACCACCAGUAACCUCAACGUUUUUAUUGUUUUAGGUGUCCUAGAUUCACCUUGCACCAGUUCAAAACACAAACCACAGACAAAAUUCAGCAUGAAGCCAAAGUUGGACAACAAACUUGGUCGUCUGGUUUCCAACCAAAAUCUGGUGUCCUUAUGUAUCCCAGUACAAGCCCGCACCUUGUCAGACCACACUCGAGUACUCCACGUGAGUAUCUACCUGCGAGUCCUCCACGCGAGACUUCACACGCGAGUUCUCCACGCGUGACUUCACACGCGAGGUCUCCACGCGAGACUUUACACGCGCAUACUCCUCGAGAGACGCUGAAAGAAGGCAAGUUUCACGUGAGAUCAAAGUCUGCGCACGGUCGAAUAGUGACCACGCCUUGUCACACGAACGCUGGUAAAAAGCAACUCGAGGUGAGAAUACUACAAUUUCAACACGAAUGCGACCAAAUGUAAAUUACUUCAUUUAUAACUAGAUAUCUUUAUCAGUUCUAAACUGUUCUCCCUGGAGGCCCAGCAAGGAUCAUCCCCUAUUGGUCUAGUGUUACUGCUGGAGGAAACCUAAACUAAACUAACUUUAUUUGUACUGGAUAGCUCUAUCAGUUCUAAACUGUUCUCCCUAGAGAUUCAGUAAGGAUCAUCUCUUAUAGACCCAGUGUUACUGCUGAACGAAACCUAAACUAAACUAACUUAUUUAUACUGGAUAGCUCCAUCAGUUCUAAACUGUUCUGCCUGGAGGGCCAGUAAGGAUCAUCUCUUAUUGGUCCAGUAUUAGAACCCCCCUCGUUUCGGAAUGGCCCUGUGUGUAGCCAUUCACAUUAUUAUCAUAUGUCAACUUUUUUACCUUCAGAUUUACGCGACGCCUCAACCCGCAGAAUUUGGUUUUCAGAAACGUCCUAUUAGUGCAUUUCCACCUUGCAAUGAUCAAGAAUAUCUUUCAUCUGUCAGAUUGAUUAUCAGCCCUCGAUGUAAACCAAAAAUACGCGCUGCCUGGCCACAAAGGUAGGAAUACAGUUGGGAACAGGGCGGUUGGGAACAAACAGUGCAAAAACGUCCUGUUGACAAGUUGUUGGAACAGCAUUGCUAUAAACCUGCUGCAGGUUUGUUACAACUUGUGCGUUUACAACUCAUUUACUAAUAUUUUAUUUCUAAUUUAGGCCAGAGAAAGAUAGAUAUAUUAAUGACGCGUACCGUAGCAACACGUCUGACAGCAGUCACCAAGAUUUGUUGGUUGACAGCUUGAUGUAUCGAAAUGAAUCUGGAUGUUUCUUUAAAGAAUUUGUUUCUAAGCAAAAUAACCAAGUAUGUUUUCCAAACAGCUUUAUUUCAGUUUUAUUUAGGGCUCAAGUCCUCUUGCAUAUCGUCUUCAUGUAACUUCAUCACCCUUCAUAAGUCAAAUCCCUGCAAAAAUGAAAUUUUCAUCUUUUGAGCUCUGUACAUGUUUGAGAAAUGUCGUUUCUUGUACUUUAGUUGUGGUCGAACUGUUUAUCAUUUUCUCAAGCUGUUAUGGACUACACCGCGUUCUUUGAUGGUGACACACUGAAUCCAGCAACUGUUUCGAGAAAAGCACAGGUGCGUAUAUAAUAUGUACGCCAGUGCCAUUGGCCCUACAGAAGAAGAACUAAGAUUGACAUUUAUUUCUACGGCGCAAAUUUAAGGCCCAUGUCCACUCAAAAAAAAUUUCCACGGACAGAAAAUCUUCCGAAAAUAUCAUUGUUAAAAGUUGAAAAUUUUCAACUGCAAAAUUUUUUUCCGACGGAAAAUUUGUGUCGGCCAAUCAAAUUUUACAACACUUUCUUUCUGCGGAAAAUUUUCCUGAGUGGAAAUGGGCCUUUACAUGUAGUAUGGUCGAAUACUGGGGCGAGAUCCCUCUGGAGUGCCUGAAGAAAACCUGAGGUGUCUAGAAGAGCAAAACUGGGAAUAUUCCUCUUGCGUUCAAAAAUAGUUCAAAUAUACAUUAUUUAAUAAAUUCUCAUAUUGUUCUAGUGGAUUUAUGCGCGGUUUAUAACGUCGGGCAGUAUUUGUGACAUCAAACUGGAUUGGAAAACUCAAGAAGAUAUUCGGCAGAAGCUGGAUCCACCUUAUGAAGAACUAUUUGACUGUGUUGAAGAUCACGUGUUGGCGUGCCUUAAAGAACCAUGGGAUAGCCUAUGUGGCAAUGAACGACGGGAAUAUGAGAUGGUAAGCGCGGAUUGGUGAUUCUCAAUAAGCACUAUCGUGCAUGUAGCAGCUGACGAUCGAUCAGCAGUUUUCAGUGUGAGAAAAUCAUGUUGUUUCUUUAUUUAGCUUUUUAUUUGGCCGAUGGAAAUAAAUAGAAAUGGGAGAUGUAGUAACCGGUCACUGUUUUAUAGCAGACACCUCGUAAAUGCCAAGGGAAAGGCCCUUGCACGUAACUGUGUGAAUCCAAAUUAAAUUUGCUUUUGUUUACAGAUUCCUAAGAAGGAAACAGUUCGUUAUCUUAAAGUGAAAUUAAAGCGGACGCGAGGAAGCAGUAAAAAUUCAUUUUUACAAGAAGAGGCAAGUCGAGGGAUUGAAAUACUGCAUAACUCUAACAGUUCUAAACUGUUCUUCCUAGAGGUCCAGUAGGAGUCAUCUCUUAUUAAUCCAGUGUCACUACAGGAGGAAACCUAAACUAAAGUAACUUUAUUUAUACUGGAUAGCUCUAUCAGUUCUAAACUGUUCUUCCUAGAGGUCCGGUGGGAGUCAUCUCUUAUUGAUCCAGUGUUACUACAGGAGGAAACCUGAACUAAACUACCUUUAUUUAUACUGGAUAGCUUUAUCAGUUCUAAACUGUUGCAUAGCUCCAUCAAGUCUAAACUGUAUUUUUAUCUGAACAGUUGGAAAGCGAUGAUGGCAGAGAACAUUCAGAGCGUGGCAAGUACAGUAUAGAAGAGGCAAAUCAUCCUCAACCCUUGUCUUCAGAUGGAGUGAGUUUUGAAAGUUUGAUUAAAGACAGAGAUGAACUCGAAGGAUUUCAGAAAUACUUGGAAAAGAAAGAUCCAAAAGGUAUUUCCUAAAAUAUCCCUGCUUAUAUGGCCCUGCUUGUAUGAACAGCCUCUCAAAUUUAGCUCUUAGCUGGAAAGAUUAUUCUCGUUCAGAAAGGCAAACAACACCAAGAACACACUAUGCGCUUUAGGGAGUACAGAUAAGCUUUGCCCAAUAACUGACCCAGCUGGUAGAAAAGAGAAAAGCUCAUUUAAAUUUUCUGUCAAUAAUUUUUCUCCGCGCAGGUGUGAUCGAUCUGAUGGCUUGGACUGACAUGGAGACGUUUCAACGAAUACCAAGAACAAUCGAAGAUAAGAGGAACAAGAAAGCAAAGGAGAUUCGUCAAACGUAUUUAAACUCGAGAUAUUUCUUUGGACCUGAUAGCCCAGCCACAAAAGAAGCUCAAAAUUUGGUGAGACUCCCCACCCCCACUCUAGUUUGAGUAACUGAAUGCAAAGCCCGCUCGUAGACUGGAUGGAGUGUUGAACUGUUGGGUCGUAAAUGCAAGUUGUUCAAAGGAUUGCAUUCAUUUACUUACGACUGAGUAGCGAGCGAAAACAUGUCUGAUAUUAAGCCUGGUUGCCGUGAACUAUAAACUUCAAAUAGGAGCACAUUCUCCAUUUGUUGAAAACAUCAAGAUGUGUGUGCCUGAGUUAUUAGAAUUACUUAUUGUGUUUUUUUUUCCUCUCUAGAUCUUAUCGGUGAAUGGUUCACCUCGAAUUAAAGAGAGACCGUCUUCUUCCGUGAUCUUAGAAAGUCAGAAAUACGUGCGCUGUCGUAUUGAGAGGCGCUGGCUGGCGUUGUAUAAAGCAAGUCAGGAGUACAAAGAAAGACAGAAUCCGAAGCAAAAUGUCUCUGAAGUUGUGGAAGAUAUUAUGUUGAGACGAAGGCUACAAAGAAGCGAGGCUGCUUGGAGGGUAAGGCAUUGUUACGUUUGCUUCGCGUGUACAACACAAAUGCUUGAGCGAAAACAAAAUAAUAUAAGAAGAAGAGAUUUCGGUGUAUUUCCUAUAACUUAAGCCUGGUUACACUGUCAAAGAUUCUGUGAUCACAGCAGUAGGAAUUUUGCAUGCAGGGGUAAGAAUUUUGAAAGAUUUAAUUUAAGUUCCAGUCAAACGAGAACAAGAGUUGUAUGAGAAUUGAUGAAGGUAACUGGAUACUACCAGUCGACAAAUGAGCACAAAUUCUCAUCGAAAUUCGAUCAAGGCUUCACUGUAUGAUGCGUCAUUUUUUCAUUCAGGUUCUCAACAGUCGUUGGGUUUCCUCGUCACGUGAUAUUGUUGCGUUACGUCAGACGUUGAAUAACCCAGAAUCCUGUUUGGCCUUCAGAAAGUUCGUAGCGCUGAAAGGUGAUACGUAUGAGAGUGACGUGUUGUUUUGGAUCGAGAUACAGAAAUACAAGG